UUUGGUACAGAUACAAUAAAAUUACUAAUCAACAUAAAAAAUUAUGAAACUAGAAGAAAUUUUAUGAAGUUAUGUCUGCUAUUUCCCAUUUAGCUCUCGCUCUUACUGGAUUUUAUUGCCAUUUUUAUGUAAAACAUAACGUGUAUCUAUUUGCCCCUUCUGCAUUUUUGGUUGUAAUAAUUAAUUCACUAGUGAGCAUAUGGCAACUGUUAGGACAACCUUUUUCGACACAAAAAGUAAACAACAUUUAUAAUAUUACGUCUGUCGCUCAAGAAAUCCUAUUUUUACCAUUAGUGACGUCUGCAGUUUUGACUAAAUAUGAUUUUUUAUUCGACAUGGUAUUUUGCAAUAUUAUACUUUCUAGUAUACCGGUUCUUUUUUAUAUUAUUGAUAAAAACGAAAUAGGCGAAGAUUUGUUAGACGGUAUCACAAUUCUGAAUUGUUUCAUGUUGGGCCUUGUUUCAUUCAUGUUUUCGAAUCUAUUUGGAUUAGCUGCCAGUGGAACAUAUGCAAUGAACUACUUCCAUAUAAGAAAUUAUCAAGGAACCAUCUUUGGAUUUAGCGAAACCGAUUUAUAUAACUAUGUGUUGUGUGUAUUUGCGAUGUGUAGUGUACAAGCUAUCAAGUAAAUUAUUAUUUUUAUUUUAAUAAGAAUAAAUUCUUCAAAAAUUUUAUCUAUUAUUGUGUAAGUAUUCAUAAUUCUAAGAGAUUGAUGUGUUUGCUCUUACAUUUUGUAACAACCUACUUUGACUAAAGCAACUGAGAAGACUGCACUGUUUUUUAUUAUUUGGUUAUAAAAUAAAACAAUAAAACUUCUUUUAUUUUCGAAAUUUCAUAGUAGGUAUAACUUUUACAACACAACACUAGACUAACUAUUGUUGUAAACUUAGUAAAUCACUAUUACUCAAGAAAAUUUAUCACAGCUUUGUCAUUGUGUAAUUUUAACUUAAAAAAACAAAUUUUGACAUGGCGGAAGCACGCCUAUUUAAUAAACACGAUGUUGGUCUUUGGAAUCAGGGUUGGUUGGAAUGAGAAUUGUAUUUUGCCGGGUAGUGAUCAUUCGAAUGGUAAAUUCAUUAUUCGAAUCUUUUGAAAUGUCUGAAAUUGUAAUAAACGAAGAAAGAUCUAUUUUAUACUAUGGGA